UGCGCCGCGCGAGGCCGUGCGUCGCGAGGGCGGGGCCGCGCAGGCGCACCGGGUGCCCCGGCUCCGGAGCAUAAACAAGAACGGGGACGGGAUGAGGCGGCGGUUGAUCCCAGGGUGGCGCGUGGCGGCGACCGAGGCGGCUAGCGGGGCCCGGCGCCGACCCUGAGUGCAGCCUGACCCGCCCUCGCGCGCGCGCGCCCUCCUCGGCCGGGCCCACUCGCCGCGCGCCCAGCCAUGAACCUGGCGAGCCAGAGCGGGGAGGCCGGCGCCGGCCAGCUACUCUUCGCCAACUUCAACCAGGACAACACAGAAGUGAAAAGGGCAUCAAGAGCAGCUGGUCUUGGCCGUCGCGCUGUUGUCUGGUCCCUAGCUGUUGGUAGUAAGUCCGGUUAUAAAUUUUUCUCCCUUUCUUCUGUGGAUAAGCUGGAACAGAUCUAUGAAUGCACCGAUACAGAAGAUGUGUGCAUCGUAGAGAGAUUGUUCUCCAGCAGCCUAGUGGCCAUUGUGAGCCUUAAAGCACCAAGGAAGCUAAAGGUUUGCCACUUUAAGAAGGGAACUGAGAUCUGCAACUACAGCUACUCCAACACGAUUCUGGCUGUGAAGCUCAACAGGCAGAGGCUGAUAGUAUGCCUGGAGGAGUCCCUGUACAUCCACAACAUUCGGGACAUGAAGGUGCUGCAUACGAUCAGGGAGACACCUCCAAACCCUGCAGGCCUGUGUGCGCUGUCAAUCAACAACGACAACUGCUACUUGGCGUACCCAGGGAGCGCGACCAUCGGAGAGGUGCAGGUCUUCGAUACCAUUAAUUUGAGAGCUGCAAACAUGAUUCCGGCUCACGACAGUCCUUUAGCGGCAUUGGCCUUUGACGCAAGUGGAACUAAACUUGCCACGGCUUCGGAGAAGAUGUUCAUGUCUGUCUCAUCAUCUGCAGAUCUGAUAUUAACUUACUGGGGGAAGUUGGCAUCUUCAAGACACUUCCCAUUAAAGCAGGGGACCGUGAUUAGGGUAUUUUCCAUUCCAGAAGGACAAAAACUCUUUGAGUUUCGGAGAGGAGUGAAGAGGUGCGUGAGCAUCUGCUCCCUGGCCUUCAGCAUGGACGGCAUGUUCCUCUCCGCCUCCAGCAACACUGAAACCGUGCACAUCUUCAAACUUGAGACUGUGAAAGAAAAACCCCCAGAGGAGCCCACCACCUGGACCGGGUACUUCGGGAAAGUGCUCAUGGCCUCCACCAGCUACCUGCCUUCCCAAGUGACAGAAAUGUUCAACCAGGGCAGAGCCUUCGCCACGGUCCGCCUGCCAUUCUGCGGCCACAAAAACAUCUGCUCGCUAGCCACAAUUCAGAAGAUCCCGCGCUUGUUGGUGGGUGCCGCCGACGGGUACCUGUACAUGUACAACCUGGACCCCCAGGAGGGCGGCGAGUGCGCCCUGAUGAAGCAGCACCGGCUGGACGGCAGUCUGGAAACGACCAAUGAGAUCUUGGAUGCUGCCUCUCACGACUGCCCCUUAGUCACUCAGACAUACGGCACAGCUGCAGCAAAAGGUACUUACGUGCCUUCAUCCCCAACGAGACUUGCCUACACAGACGACCUGGGUGCUGUGGGUGGUGCCUGCCUGGAGGACGAGGCCAGCGCCCUGCGCCUGGAUGAGGACAGCGAGCACCCGCCCAUGAUUCUUCGGACUGACUGAAUUUGACCUGUGACCUCUGACCCGGGGAGCAGAGAACACUGGCUUCACAGAGGACUUUGUGCACUGCUGCUAUGAACUUUGACCUGAGUCGGGGGAGAGGAUGGCAGAGACUUUAUUAAAAAAAAAAAGAUUGUAGUGGUAGUCUAACUCCAUAACGCUGAGGAAAUACAUCGUUUUCACUUCAGUGGCUUUUAAAUCCUGCUUAUGAAUUUUAGCAUUUUGUUUGUUUGUUUUCUCUUUUUGCCAAAAUUAACUGUUUGGUGAAGCCCACAAAACCUCCUCGCUUUGCAUGCAUGAACGUGCCAAGCCAGCAUAGGGGAGCUAGAAGCCACUUUCCAGCCACCUGCCGUUGGGUUUUUUAAUAUCUGUACAUAAUGCCGAGUGUGUAAGGAAGGCAUGGCGGCGCGCACAGUGGGUCUGGUUGUCGAGGCCAGUUCUGCAGUGACAGGCCCAGGGGCUGCCUACCAGGUGUGCUGGGCAGACUUUGGCUGGGGCAAGAGUCCUCUCUCCCUAGGGCCCCACCUGGACCAUUUUCCCUCCGUUUUAUUUUAUUAAAUUCUUUCCAAAUUGGAUCACUCUGGGAUUUCUUCCAUGGUGGACUUUUGUUUCUGAUCUUGUUUUCCAUGUGGAUAUUGGAGGAGAGCGAGGUUCUUUCUGAUACUAAAAACCUUUCUUUCAGGCAGCAAAUGAACCUGAAAGGUUGCCUGGACUCCCUGGAGCAAAGGAAAGCGAUUUUGUUUGUGUAAUUAAAUGAUCUGUUCUUCUACUUUACUCUUCCUGUUGAAAAACUGUGUGAUUUUUUUUUUUUUUUUUUUUUUAAGGAAAGUUUGUAGCUACUCCUAUGCCCAGGAAAGCACAGAAUUCAAGUCUGGUGACCGUCCGAGCUGUCCUUUCGCUGGCCCCGCUGUCUGCAGGGGCUUCCUACCUGUGUGAGAGGUCAUAGCGGGAGACAGUGACAGAGAGAAGGCGGAUGGGCCACGUCCUUCACAGGGCGACAUGUGCCUUUCUAUUUUCAUCUUAGAAAAUUUCCUCAGCAAACCGAUGAGAGAUUGUGGUUGCAAGCUUCAGUAUUUGCCUCGCUUCCCUUUUCAUAUUUACGGAAUUAAAACAACCUCAAGUACCUCAGACUCUGCAUUCCAAACCAAGACACCCAGCAGCCAAAUUGUUGAGGGCAUUUCAGUGGAGUUAAUGGCAGGAGAGAUGGUUUUAGAAUCUUUGGAGUGGUGUAAGUUACAGAUAGAAGGGAAAAGGCAAAAACUGUAUUUACCCUGCCUUUGCAGGCUCGGGUUUUUGAACCGAGGGAGGCUGGAACGCCUGUUUGCAGAUGAUUGUCAUGGUCACACUGGGCGAAGAGCUGGAGGGGAGUUGUCCCCUCAGCUGAGCGGCUGCGGUGAAAUGCCCCAGUGUUCCUGGGUUGGCUUUUUGGCAAACUCCUAAAUGCAGGGGACGCUGGAGUCCGACUCAACUAUACCGGCUUCCUCCCAGCCACUGGUGUGCGGCACACACCACAUCUGCAUUAGGCAGAGGUGCAAGUGGGCUGAUUGAACUUUUCCUUCAAAACCUGCAUGUCUGUCCUGGACCUUUGAUGAAAUGGGAUCCCAGUCACACAGGCUGAGACAGUGGGGACCGCUGAGGCCAGAGCAGGCUGUGCUUGAGCAGGGAUGAGAAGGGCCGCGGCAGCACGCAGCCUUGACCCACACCUGCGUCUUGUGGUGCAAGGCCAGAGGGCUCUCUCUAGAACCUGACCAUGCACUCCAUCUCCUGGGAGGUACUUUUGGCUAGAGUGAGUGUUCGUGGGGGGGAAAAGUGUGCACAAGAGAUAUGGAACCCUGAGCUAGGGUUUCCUGCCACCAAAGAGUGAGCUGCAUUUCCAGUUCUGUGAAAGUAUCGUUUGUUCUGGUUCCUGCCUGUCGUGGUGAUUUGGAGACUCAGAUCUCCUUUGCCAGGUCUCGUCUUUGGGAUUGGUAGUACUGGAAGAUGCUGGGAAUUCUCUUCCUCGCUCAGCCUCGGCUUCCCGCACUGUAAGAUGAGGCAGUUGCAGAGGAGGCCUCGGAUGUCCUGUGACCCUCGGCCCACACUCCCCCUCGGGUGGCCCUGGCAGGGCUGGCUGGGUGCUUUCCCUGCAGACCACAGGAAGCCCUGUGCUUGCCUGGGUCAGGGCUAAGCUGCGUGCCCUAGAGGAGGGAGGAGGACUGCAGAUUCUUGGUCGAGAAGAAUGAAGAGGAUUUCUAUGUUUGCUGAGCAGCCAUUGUGGAGGGUUACCCGCCUCCACUUUCCCGUUGCCCAUUUCACUGCCACCAGCUCCUCUUCCUCUGCUCAAACCCGUGAGUCCCAGCCUCACUGGCGGCCUCAGACAUGCCCAGGAGUGACGGGGACAGAGGGAGGCCGCUGAGUUGCCUGUUAGAACUCUUACUGCUGCACCAGAGACCCAGGUGGAGAGGGACCCUGAACCAAACAGAACAUGGACUAAUUUGCCAAACUCCAAACUGUACACUCAUACUCAUUUUUAAAUUACAUUUUUCCAAACUUCAAAAAGGACGAUGAGGGUGGGGGAUAGGAAACAAAACCUGUAAACGUUGUGAAUGGGCUCAGUGGACUCUGGGACCAAACUUUCUGUAAUCUCUAAAACAAUGGGACCAAGAGCUGGAUGGAACCCGGAGUCAGAAAGAACUGCUUCAAUCCCCGCCGUACCACCCGCCUAGCUGUGGGAGCGGGUAGGGCGCCUGGGAGCCUGCGUUUUCUGGACCAUUCCGCAGGACUCCUCCCUACCUCACAGGGCUGUUGUGAGGUGGUGUGUGACUGCGUGUCCUGCAAACGCCCAACUCAGUGCCCAGCCGGCGGUGGGCACUCAAUAAACGCUACAACAUAAAUGUG